AUGGGCUGGAUAUCUUCGAUUAUGGGCACCGAUAAGUCGGCAGACCCUUUAGCAAAACUCGACCCCAGCCUCCGCGACUUUCUCGAGAAAGAAUCUCCCCUCAAAUACCCAGCAUCCCAACCCACGAACCCUCCCCGAGCGACUCAGCAACCCAGCAAUUUCGAUGCCGCAGUAACAGAAUUACAAACUCCAAAGCCAGCUGCUCCUUCAGCGAGCUUAUAUCAAGACGGACGAUAUGCGCACCUAUGGAAGAACUACCGCCCGUUGGCCGAAAUUGAAGCCGAGACGGCAACCGAUCAUGAAAAAUUGAUGGGUGUGUUGGAAGCGUACAAGGAGCGAAAGGAAGCCAUUGGCAAAGCGGCGUUGGAGAAUUGCGCUGAGUAUCAAGAGGAGUGGGUGAAUUGCAUGAAGCAUGGAAGUUGGGACGACCAAAUACAAAUGUGCAGACAUCAAGUGCGCAGAUUUGAGAGAUGUUACAUGAUGCAAUCGAGAUUCCUUCGUGCGUUGGGCCACGGAUCAGUAGUGGGCAGAUCACCCCAGGUGGAGGAGGAUAUCCAAAUGCAUGCCGACGCUCUCUACCAACGGAUGAUGAAGCACGAAGAGGCAGUAGAAAAGGCCAAGGCCGAAGGUCUUCCCGUUCCCGUCUUCAAAUCUACACUGCCCAAGGCCAAGGACGACUCCGUCGUGCCCACAGAAGAACUCCAGCAACAGUGGAAGGAGCAAUUGGACAAGCUACCGGCUGAGGAGCGUGUGGUUGAAGAGGCUGCUCUUCGCGCCGAUCUGCAGGCCAAGGCCGAGGUCGCCGGCAAUGUCCAGAAGAUCUGGGAUAGCCAGGCAGAGCAAAGAAAACAGAGACAAGCUCAAGGUAACUCUACAUUCGGAGACUACAUUACUUCUCUGUUUGGAAAGUCUGGAAAAUAA